GCCCAACUCGUGCCCAGCCCGACUCGACCCAUGCCUCAACCUUAAUCCGAUUCAUUUUUUUCGUACAUUUGAGUGUAUAUUUGAUACAUACAUUUUGCAAACCUCCAUGUAACCGCCUCCCCCUCCCCCUCCCCCCACAGAACCACAAAAUUAAUUUGUGAAGAUGAAUUGGUUUGAUGGUUUCGCCUCACUAGUUUUUUAAAAUUUGGCGGUAAAAAAUAGUUGUUAGAUGUUGAACUGCCUUUUUAUAUAAUAUAGAUAUAGAUUCGAGGAUACGAGAGAAAAGUAUAGCUGACAUGAGUCACAUGACUCGGCUACUAGAGAACAAUAACGUCAAUUUGUUUGUUUCUUGCGUGAUAAUAAGUGUAGUGGACCAAGUAGGCUUGAGCUGCAGCUUCUUCUUUGGUCAAUUUUAUUGACCCACUCAAGUAUACAUGUUUGUGGCCACAAAGUUUCGAUAGACUAAUCUGCCAAAUGAUAACAAAAAUUAAAUAUAAUCUAUUUGGUGUAGACGAGGCUGGCACUGCAAAGUGUAGAGUGUAGAGUGUAGAGUGAGAGAGAGGGAAGAUGAGAGGAGAUGGAGAUUUGUUCGAGACGCGAGCGGCAAGAGGUAGAGCAGCUCACAGAGCGUUGUGUAUAACAGUAUUAGCAGGCAUAGUUUCCGUUUGGGUUUACAGAUUGGGUCACAUCCCACAAGGCGGAAGAUACAGUUGGAUUGCGAUGCUGUGCGCGGAGCUGCUCUUUGGAUUCUACUGGAUUAUCUCUCAGUCCGGCCGCUGGACCGUCGUCUACCGCUACCCCUUUAAGGAUAGGCUUUCCUCAAGAUACGGGGAGAAGCUACCGGCGGUUGAUGUAUUUGUUUGCACGGCGGAUCCGGUAUUAGAGCCGCCGUCUCUGGUGGUGAGCACGGUUUUAUCGGUCAUGUCAUACAAUUAUCCAUCCCAAAAAUUGAGCGUCUACUUAUCAGACGACGGCGGCUCUCAACUCACCUUCUAUGCUCUCUUUGAGGCUUCUACUUUUUCAAAAUACUGGAUACCUUUCUCCAAGAAAUACAACGUGGAGCCCAGAUCCCCUGCUAUCUAUUUUUCUCAAACCAUCGUUGUCGACGACUCCAGCUUCGCCCGAGAAUGGGCCAAUGUUAAGCAACUCUACGAGGAGAUGAAAGGCCGAAUAGAUUCAGCGGCUGCAAAGGGCUGUGUUCCGGAACACAUUAGGAAUCAGCAUAAAGGUUUCUCGGAGUGGAAUUCCAAGGUCGAAAAGCAGGAUCAUCAAUCCAUUCUUCAGAUUUUGAUAGAUGGAUGGAAUCCUGAAGCAACUGAUGUUGAGGGGAACAGAUUGCCAACACUAGUGUAUUUGUCCCGAGAAAAAAGGCCCGGAUGGCCUCAUAACUUCAAAGCUGGAUCUAUGAAUGCAUUGAUAAGAGUGUCGUCUGAAAUCAGCAACGCGCCAAUCAUUCUCAAUGUGGAUUGUGAUAUGUACUCGAAUGAUCCGGAUGCAAUAAACGAUGCAUUGUGCUUCUUUCUGGACGAAAAGCAUGGAUCGCAGACAUGCUACGUCCAAUAUCCUCAGCAGUAUAACAAUAUCACCAAGAAUGAUAUUUAUGGAAACCAAAAUUUUGCGACUAACGACAUUGAGCUCUCUGGCUUAGAUGGUUUCGGUGUGGCCCUAUAUGUUGGCACCGGAUGUUUCCACAGGAGGGAAAGCCUUUCGGGAAAGAAGUUCUCCGUAAACCACAGGAUUGAAAGCGGAGAUGUGGAAGAUAACAUAAAGGGCAAAAGUAAGGAAGAGCUAGAGAAUACUGCAAAGGUUUUAGCCAAUUGUAGCUACGAGAAAGGCACUUCGUGGGGAAAGGAGAUGGGAUUGGUGUACGGAUGUCCCGUGGAAGACAUAGUGACAGGCUUAUCCAUCCAAUGCAGGGGAUGGAAACCGGUGUAUUACAACCCGAGCAAGCACGCCUUCAAAGGCGUUGCUCCGACAACCUUGGACGUGUCUCUCAUUCAGUUCACGAGGUGGUCGGAGGGGAUGUUCCAGAUCUUCCUCUCCAAGUACUGCCCCUUCAUCCUCGGCCGCGGAAAGAUCAGUUUCGGUGGCCAAAUGGGAUACUGUAUCUACCUUCUCUGGCCCAUGCUUUCGUUGCCUACGCUUUGCUAUGCCAUCAUCCCAGCUCUUGCUUUGCUCCGCGACGUGCCCUUGUUCCCCAAGGUUUCUAGCUUCUGGAUCAUACCCUUCGCGUACGUCUUCACUGCAAAGACUGCUUACAGCUUAGCAGAAGACGUUGCAGUGGGCGAUACGCUCAAGGGGUGGUGGAACGUGCAGCGGAUGGUGGUGAUUAGGCGGGUGACGGCCUAUUUCUUGGCCUUGAUAGAGACGGUUAUGAGGGUGGUAGGGCUGUCGCAGUCAGCAUUUGUGCUGACUGCCAAAGUUGUGGACGAUGAGGCGGAAAAGAGGUACAGGAAGGGGCUGAUCGAGUUUGGGAGCUCGUCCAUCAUGAUGAUAAUCAUUGCGACGCUUGCGCUGCUCAACCUUUUCGCCUUAGGGUGGGGUGCGGUGAAGCUGUGCUGUGCAUCGGAGGCGUUUGAUAAGUUGCUGCCGCAGCUGGCGAUAUGCGGAGUGUGGGUGAUGUUGAAUUUGCCAGUUUACGAGGCCUUCUUCUGUAGAAGGGAUAAGGGAAGCAUGCCGUUGCCUGUUACGUUCAAGUCGUUGGUUAUAGCGUCCACAGCAGUGCUCGUUUCUGUUUACUGACCUAUAACGCAUCACUUUGAUGAUUUGUAAUCUAUACUAUACUAAUACAAAACAACUUGUGGAUUGUCUA